AUGAGGGAGUUCCACAGCUUGCAGACGGGUUUGCAGAGGAAGGCGGAUCUCGACGAGGAGGUCGUCUCCGAGUUUACUGAUGGCGGAUCUCGACGAGGAGGGCAGGAGGAUUACAACAGGUUCAGGCCACUGAGCUACAGAGGAGCUGAUGUGUUCCUACUGGCUUUCUCCCUCACCAGCAGAGCUAGCUACGAGAACAUUCACAAGAAGUGGAUUCCCGAACUGAGGCAUUAUGCAGCAAAUGUGCCCAUUUUUCUAGUGGGAACCAAACUAGAUCAAAGAGAAGACGAACAGUACUUAAUUGAUCACCUUGGAGCAGCUCCCAUCAUUACAGCACAGGGAGAAGAACUGAAGAAAAUGGUUCUUAUCCAGAUCCUUCAACAAAGUGUUCUUUUGAAGUACAAGUACGCCAUUUCCUUUUUAAAAGAUCAUGGCAAAGAGGUGUGUAUUGAAGUUCACAGUGCAUACAUCUACACAAUGAACAAGGUGAACUAUUUUGUCUUGUAUAUUUUGGAGGGUCAUGGUACCUGUUCUCGUAUAGUUGCAAUGGGGCAAGCAGAUCAAGGAGAAGACGAACAGUACUUAAUUGAUCACCCUGGAGCAGCUCCCAUCACGACAGCACAAGGAGAAGAACUGAAGAAAGUGGUUGGUGUUGUGCCUUACAUUGAGCGCAGCUCCAAAACUCAGCAGACGGUGUUUGAUGCCGCGAUAAAGAUAGUUUUGCGACCACAAAAGUCGAGGAGGAAGCCUCGCAGGCAAAGGACAUGCACCACCCUUCAGCAAUCAGCAAGAUCUAGUUGUCGAGGUAUCGCCAGAGUCAAACUGGUUCUAAGGAAUACAAGACACGUGCUGCAAUUGGUGUAA